AUGUGCGAGCUGACGUUCACGUCGCCCUCGCAGCGGGCGCGCGUGCAGCCGCUGCAUGAUGAGUGCCGUCCAGAGCUGUUUAACGUCGACUUCGACCUCAGCUUUCGGGCGUUUGGGAUUCGCAACUCGGAGCUGCUGCGGCGCUACCUCCUCAACCACCCCUGCGCGCGCCCGGGCGCGAUCGUCCUGAAGGACUGGUCAAAAACCAGCGGGGUGAACAACUCCGUGAACGGCUACCUCACGAGCUACGCGAUCAACAUCAUGUGGAUUUAUUUCCUCGUGCAGAAGGGCGUGGUGGCGUACGUGGAUCCGAUCGAGGAUAUCCCGGAAUCGCUGCGGUGUUAUCGCGAGGAGCUCGCGAAGGGCCCGCGAUACCGGCCGAUGCUCGACCCCGCCUGGAGCGCGGCGGAGCGGGCCGCGCUCGAGCGCGAGGCCGGGCGGUUGCUCAUGGAGUUCUUCCUCUUCUACGCUCACGAGUUCGACUGGGCAAACCACGUCGUCUCGCUCAAUCGAAAGGGGAUCACGACAAAACGGAUGUUGGGGUGGGAUUCAGAGGCGAUCGCCCCUCUUUCUCCCACCGCAGCGCCCCCUAGCGGGGGCGCCCGCCGGGGUGGCAACCUGACGCGUUAUUCCUUCUGCAUUGAGGACCCUUAUGAGGAGAACCUCAACCUCGGACGGCAUAUGGGGAUCACCAAGAGCCUCCGCGUUCGCGCGGAGUUCUGCCGCGCGUUGCUCUCCCUAUGCAAGGAUGGGGAAAGCGAGUCGUGCGUGUUCGUCUCGGCCGAUCGGGGUAGAACGGCCUCUCGAACGAAUCCCGGCGCCCUGCCGGGUUCCUCGUCCUCCCUGCUCACCGCGCCGCGUGGGCAGCUGCCGUUUAAAGUGCUCUACCGCCUGAUGGCGGUUUGCACGCGGGAGAUGGCGCUCGCGCGGCAACGGCAGACCGGGAGCCCCUCGAUCGACGCUGGGGUGCCCGAAGAAGAACUUCGCCAGGCCUUUCAAUCCGCCGCCGCGGUGGAGUUUCAGCUCGCGAGCAAGGCGUGGAAUUGGCAGCAGCUUGUGCAUCGGCUGGGGUUUAAAAUCCACCGCGGCGUCGUCCUCCCGCGGCGGGAGAUCGGCGCGAGGCGGUUCACCGCGCCGCCCCCUGCUCCGGAGGGGGGGGAGGACGGAUCCGCCUCCUCGUCAUCGGCCUCCCCCAUCUCUUCUUCUUCUUCGCCGGGGAGGGAAUCGGGCAGGCGAGGGGACGACACCGCGGGCGGCCUCGCGAACGCGAUGGUGAAGGCGCUUUCGGAAGGGUUUCUUCGUCUGACGCCGGAGUGGGUGGCGUGGUCGACGCCGUGGGCGGCGCUCCAUCUCCGUCGGCAGCCCUUCUUCACGCCGCCCGCGCGUCCGAAGGGCGAUGGGGAAUCGGCGGAGGGCGCGCGCGAAAAGGCCUCCAACACGGCGGUUGGAAAUCCCGCAGGCGGGGUGAAAAUCGGCGUCGGGGAGGGUGAAAACGCCGGUUUGCUCAAGCCCACCCGUCGCCACGCGGCGAGGUGGGAACCACCGGCUGCGUUUGCGCCCACGGCCUUGACGUUGGCCCCCCGUCAACGGGGGUUUUCCAUCGCGCGAUUGAUGCGAGGGCUUCUUCAUCGAUAA